CAUUGACAAAUUUGACACUGAUUCAAUAAAAACAGAAAUACACAGCUGUUUCGAAAAUUAUUGUAAAAUUAAUGAGUUUACUUACCUAAAGCUGCUGCUUUUAGACAGAAAUCCAACAAGUUAUGCAUUAACAUAACAUGAGUGAUUAGGUCACUCACACAUCAUUACAAUGGUGGAAUUAUCUGUGAAAAACAUAUGCCCGGCGGGCAAGCAGGCAUUAGUGUGUUUUCUACUUUCUUCCACGAUUUUCACCAUAUCUUUCUUUUCUGGAAACGUAUUUGGGUAUUCUGCUGAGUUAUGGGCCCUUACCUAUUGGGGGCCGGCACUUUACUUCUGCCUAUUUAACUUCGUUUUGAGGUAUUGCUACAAGGAAUUCAUGUAUGAGGUAUCAACAAGAGCAGCAUUUUUGGGGUGUGCUUUUGCCACUGGGCUCUACUUGGCCACGUUUGACAGCGGCGUGAGCACAUUCGGCGCAUACCUGGCAGUGUUAUCCUUCUUCCACUUCUCGGAGUUCAUGUCGGUGGCGCUGACCAACCCGAGCACGCUGACCAUAGACUCCUUCAUCCUGAACCACAGUGUGCAGUAUGCGAUUGCCGCUGUCGCCAGCUGGACUGAGUGGGGACUGGAGUAUUACUUCUGUCCAGAUAUGAAGACUUGCUACAGCCUGUCAUGUGUGGGGUUGGCUCUGUGCAUCGGGGGAGAGUUGGUGCGGAAGUCUGCCAUGUUCACCGCUAAAACCAACUUCAAUCAUACAGUGCAGUUCGUGAAGAAGCCGGACCACCGGCUGGUGACGCACGGCGUGUAUGCGCUGUGCAGACAUCCCAGCUACGUGGGCUGGUUCUACUGGUCCGUCGGCACUCAGAUAAUCCUGCUUAACCCAUUCUGCGUCGUGGCCUACGGGCUGGCGUCCUGGUCCUUCUUCCGGGAACGAGUGUUCGCGGAGGAGGCCACGCUUCUCGCCUUCUUCGGCGCACAGUAUGUGCAAUACCAGAAGAAGGUGCCCACUGGACUGCCACUCAUAAAAGGAUACACCAUUGACUCCUCUCAGUAGGUUAAAGAUGACCACUGGAGCUAUUAGAGAGCCAUGACUCAGAUGAAUGCGGCCAAAUUUUAACUUAUUUUUGAUGAUAAGUGUGAGGAAGUUAUUAUUCCGAGGUUAGGUAGUGUUUUGGUUCUGUGUAAAAAAAUGUAAAGGUGUUACCGUCUAUUACAAAAAUAUAACAAAAUAUUUUAAUAUUUAUAACUUUAGAUCUAAGCAUCUUUUUAUAGUCAUUCAUCAUUGAACAAACUAGUACUUUAUAAGUAUUUUAGGAAUAGUUUGGUGUACUAAAAGUACUAACUGUAAAAUCUCGAUUGCAUUUUUUAUAUUUAAGAAUAUACAAGAUUCUGUACAUAGGCAGCACAACUAUAGUGUUCAGAUAGGUAGAAUUUAAAAUCUAUUUUAGUAUGUCUUCUUACAUGUUUUGUAAACUACUUACCUAUAUCUAACAUUAUUAUAGAUUUGGUCAUCAGAUUAAUGAUAGAACCACGCGCAUAACGUGACUAUCUCGUCGUAUUAAACGUACCUAUUGCACGACA